AUGGCGGAGUCUGACAACUCUCGAAGAGCAGUGCACAGUCUGGACAGUGGGAAGUUCCUAAGCAUACUGCACAGCAUCUUUGAGCUGAUUGAUGACAGGAUCACAGGUAGAGUCUUCACUACAUUUGACAAAGACAAAGACGGCGUUGUCGGCAUGGAAGAGUGGAUUGAGGGACUGCCUGUUUUUCUUCGGGGCACCUUGGAUGAAAAAAUUAAAUACUGCUUCAGUAUGUACGACUUGAAUGGUGACAAUGCCAUCUCUAGAGAGGAGAUGCUCGAUUUUCUGAAGGAGAGGCUCAUCAGACGGCCCAAUGAGGACCCUGACGAAGGAAUCAAAGACCUGGUGGAGAUCAUACUGAAAAAGAUGGACUAUGAUCGUGAUGACAAUGUGUCUUUUAAAGAUUUUGAAAAGGUUGUGAAAGAUGAGAACCUAUUGCUGGAAUCUUUUGGACACUGCCUUCCUGAUUUCAGGAGAGUCGAGAUGUUUGAGGGACACGUAUUUCAGGAACAAAUGGAACAAUAA